CCAGUCAGAGCGUCAUAGACUAAAUUUACAUUCUCCAACAAGGCACACACCCUUUCUCAGCAAACCAAAAAAGCAAAGAAGAAAGAAAGAAGAAGAAGCAAAGUACAGCAUACAAACCCAUCUCAAACCCCAAAUCUCGUUUGCAGUAAUUUUAGGGUUUUCUUACUCAAUUUUUUUAUUUUUUCGAUGGAGAAGGUCAGAAGAGCAUCGCAUGCUGGUUCCUGGUACUCCGACAAUCCUAAAAAAUUGACAGAAGAGCUUGAAGGAUGGCUGAGAGCCUCUGGCCUAACUAAAUCUCCUGAUGUACGAGGUGUCAUUGCUCCGCAUGCUGGUUAUUCUUAUUCGGGUCGUGCUGCUGCUUAUGCAUUUGGAAACAUUGAUCCCACUAACAUUUCUCGGGUGUUCCUUCUUGGGCCAUCUCAUCACUAUUACACUCCGAAAUGUGCUCUUUCAAGGGCUUCAGUUUACAAGACACCUAUAGGGGACCUACCUGUUGAUUUGGAAGUGAUCGAAGAGCUAAAAGCUACGGGAAAAUUUGAACUAAUGGAUAUUCGUGUUGAUGAGGCUGAACAUAGCAUGGAAAUGCAUCUGCCCUAUCUUGCUAAAGUGUUUGAGGGGCACCCAGUUAAAGUUGUACCCAUUUUGGUAGGUGCUCUUAAUGCUGAAAAUGAAGCCAUGUAUGGAGAAUUGCUUGCCAAAUAUGUGGAUGAUCCCAAAAAUUUCUUCUCAGUGUCGUCAGAUUUUUGUCACUGGGGAUCUCGAUUCAAUUACAUGCACUAUGACAAGAAACAUGGGGCCAUAUACAAAUCUAUUGAGGCGUUGGACAGGAUGGGCAUGGAUAUAAUUGAAACAGGAGAUCCAGAUGCAUUCAAACAAUAUCUUUCGGAGUAUGAUAAUACAAUAUGUGGACGCCAUCCAAUUAGCGUUUUUCUCCACAUGCUGAGGAACUGCUCAACAAAGAUAAAAGUCAAUUUUCUCCGAUAUGAACAGUCUAGUCAAUGCAAAAGUACAAGAGACAGCAGUGUAAGUUAUGCAUCAGCAGCAGCAAAAGUUGAUGCUUGAAGAUGUAAAAAGUACAAGUACUGCAGUAUCUCCCUUGGAAACAUUCAAUAAUAUAAAUUUCAUUCAAUUGACUACUAUUUAAGUAAAUGCAUCUCUAAAAACCUUAUGUUCCUUGUGUGUAAAUUGACACUGACCAUAUGAUGAUGUUGGGAUCUUUAUUAUCUAAUGACCUCUGAGCGAGUUAAUGAUUUUUCUCUUAA